AUGUCCAUGCGCGACCGCCGCACCGCCGCCGCCAUGUCCCCGUCGCUCCGCCUCCUCGGCUUCCUCACCCAGCCCGAUCGUGCCGCCGACGUACAGGAGCUGGAGCUCGACGAGCACGACGUGGUCUGGUCGUCGUCGUCGCCCACCUCCUACUCCCCGUCCUCCUCCAUCUCCACCGCCUCCUCGCCGUCGCCCACGCCGUCCCCGUACAGCAACGGCCAGCGCUGGCCCCUCUCCUCCUCCCGCGCGUUCCCCUCCGGCGGCGCCGGCCUGUCCGCGCUCAUCGCCGACGAGGACAACCACUCACCCACCGCGGCCAUCCCGGCCGCGGCCCGGCGGGAGAAGCAGCGCCACCCGCAGCCGUUCCACCAGUCCGCGCCGGUCGCCGUGCCCGCCUGGUCCAGGGCGACGGCCGACAGGCGGCGCCGGGAGGCGGAGCAGGAGGCCGCGGACGAGGAGGACGGAGACGACAACGACGACGAGCCCGUGGUGCCACCGCACGAGAUGGCCGCGCGCCGCGCCGCGGCGGCGGCGUCGGUCAUGGAGGGCGCCGGGCGGACGCUCAAGGGCCGCGACCUCCGCCGCAUGCGCAACGCCGUGUGGCGCACCACCGGCUUCCUCGACCUGUGAAGAAGGAAGGAUGCCCCGCCCGGCCUGCCCUUUGGAGGUUUCUCUCGAGUCUCGAUCGCUGCAUGCCCACGUCACUCCAACCGGCGGUGCAUUUCGUUAUGG